GACUAAUAAUUAGUGGUUUAUCUACGAUCAGUCAAAUCAAUCGACUACUUUGGGCACUAAUCGAACAAACAGGUAGUCGACUAGUCGGUUUCCUCAACACUAUUCUAAAUAGAGAGGAAAAAGGAAACACUAAAACAAACAAGUGUUCAGCACAGAAGUUUCAAGUGUUCAAUCCAAAGAAGCUUUUAGGCUUUCGUAUUAGCCUUUGUCAUCAUAAUAUUGGUAUUGGCACCAACACGGAGAUAAAAAAGGUUUGAAAAGUGUGUUCUGAAUCUGUUUUUAUAAGUGGGAUAUCUGUAAAUUUCAUAUUCCGUAUCGCCAUUAUUUCUUUUUUACUAAUACAUCUAAAGUGGUAUUGGUUUAAAAAAGCUGCACUACUGAUCAGAUAAGAGGUGAUCAUCAUUAAAAAUAUCUAUGAAGUAUUAAUAUAUUAGGUUUAUUUAAUUAGAUAGACUGUCCUCAUAAACUUCAUCGUACUGGACUUGUCACUCAUUAUGAAGAUUUUACUAGUAGGAGGCGGUAUAACCAGUGCAGUGACCGGAACAUUAUUGAGAAGAAUGUUUCCGGAAUGUAACUUGAAGAUGUGGGACAAAGCGAGGGGUACAGGUGGCAGAAUGACAACAAGCAGGUGUCCUCUGAACAGUGACUGUACUGCAGACAUAGGUGCGCAGUACAUUACAACAACAGAAGAAUACAUGAAAUCGAAUUGUGACAUAUAUGAUGAUUUAAUCAGUGAAGGUGUACUAGAAGAACCUUUAAAAUGUUUAGUUGUCGGAUUGAGACCUCAAGGGAACAACAGGAACUAUGUGUUACCUAAAGGGUCUGGAUUUUUGGUAAAGAAUUUCUUUGGGAGAGCCAAGUUGAAUGAAACCAAGUUUCAUCACCAUGUAUCAAAAAUAGACAGAGUAAACGAUAAAUGGACAGUUGAAACAAAGACUGGAGAAAAGGAGGAUUUUGACAUCGUGAUUUUAACAAUGCCAGUACCCCAACUGCUAUUACUCGAAGGGACAAUAAAAUCUGAACUAAAUGCUGAUGUUGUUAAUAACUUAAAAAGUGUUACUUACAGUUCUAGGUACGUAUUAGUACUUUUCUUCCUGGAUAAAAUUAAUGAAGAAUGGGGAGCACAAUACAUUGAUAAAGAUCCAAUAUUUAGAUACAUUGCGAUCGAUAACGUAAAGCGGAACGAGCCUGAUGGUUUGUGUGCUGUGGUUUUUCACACAUCAUUGGGAUUUGGGUUGAAACACGUUGAUGACAAUAUUGAAGACAUUCAACAGUUGUUGAUGUCACAGGUGAGAAUGUUGUUUCCGAGUUGGCCAGAACCGAAAGCAGUGAAGUGCCAUAAGUGGAGAUAUUCACAAGUGACGAACUCGUAUCCGGACGCCCCGGGAUACCUACUGCUCUCGUCCACCCCUCCUCUGCUUGUUGGUGGAGAUGGGUUUGUCGGAUCAAACUUUGACAACUGUGUUCAGUCAGCAAAGGCAAUGUGCAAGAAAUUAAAAGAAAUACUACAAUUAUCAUAGUAUCGUUAAUUAGAUUCAUAAAUCAUCUCUUCAAUUGGAAAGGGUUUACAAGGGGUAAAAUUUACUGUAACCUAAAAUGCUGAAUGAAGGAUUUACUGGUUGUGAUAAUUAAUCUACCUCAUGGUAGUAUUAACAGUCCAACCAUAGUUCACAAACAAAGUGUGUAAAUAUUUACUAGAGCCGCCCGUACCAAAAUAGUCCGAUUGGUGGCUGAAAAGUUUUAAUCUUCCCUCUGCACCCAACGCCCAACACUGGUGCUAGUUAUACGUGUAAGAGAAAAUGAUCCAUCUCAAGGACAGGGAACAGCUGGUGGUCAACAGAGAUAAGGCAACACCUCAUCAGACUACUAUAGUCGAGUCACGAGAUGACCCCUGGUCUCUUUGCAUACCAGCAAAUUCAAGGCGCUAAUCACAUCUCUUGUGAUUCCAACUAUAAUUAUUGUUGCAGAUGAUAUUACUGACUUAAGUGCCUGCAAAAUAAGGUGAUACCACAACAAUACACAGCUGAACCGUACUGGGCCAGGGAUCUUCUCAUGACUCGUCUACAGUAUUUUGGUUCGCGCUGCUCUAGUAACACUGUUUUUUACAGAUUGCUUAUGGAUAUAUUGUUUACAGAGAUAACAUGUUUCAUAGAUGAGAUGUGAAUGUAUGAGGUUAGUUUUCUGAAACCAACACCAUAUGU